GUGUGGGAAAUUUGUCAACAACAACCGGUUGCGGUUCUUUUAGAAACUUAAGUCAUUUUUUAAGGAAAACUCUGGUUUUUACGCGUUUAUUAAUCUAUGUUAAUGUGUUAUUACUUGUUUUAGCAGAAUAAGUCUUAGAUAUGUGUAAUAACAUUUAAAAACAAGUAAAAGCCCCCUUUAGCUCCCUCUCUACAUAUAUCAAAGGUUUGGCGAUGAAUCCCAGAGCAGAUCCAGCUGAYGACUUCCUCCUCCAGCAGCCCUGGCUUCCUGUCUGUAUCGACAGCUGCCAGCUGCUGGUCAAGAGCUGGUUCGGCGACGCAGAGUACCACAUCCUGCUGACCGACAUGCAGGGCGUGUGGGAGGAGCGGAUGGAUGCAGCGGCCAUUGAGCGUCGGGCGCAGGAGCUGAACCGGCGUCUGCGCGCCGCCGUCCAGGCCUUCUUCUCCCACCUGCGUGAGGCGGCUGAGCCCUGGCUGUCGGGGGGAGGCAGCGGCGAGGCCCAGAUGUGUGUGUGGCGGCGUGACGGGGCCGUGACCUUGAAGCUGAAGAGUGAGCUGGCUGGCCUGCCGUUCCACUGGGAGUUCCACUGCGGCCCCGCUCCUGUGUCUCUGGUGUGCGCUCAGCUGGUGCGCCCCCUGCUGGCCAUGAGCCGCCUGAUGCACAGGCAGGUGGAGGAGCUGGGAGAGCUGCUGGCCAGGAAGGACGAGGAGAUCCAGGACUACCGGGAGAACGGAGCCACGCUCAGCAGAGAGCGCCUGCAGACGGAUGUUUUCAACAAACAGCUCUACACAGAGGACUUCAUUCAGAAGAACCUUCCUGUGCUGCGGUCCGAUCAGUCCCACGCUCUGGGAUUCAACACUGACCUGCAGCAGCUCUACGCCGCCGUCACUGCUCACUGCCCCACACCGCACAAACGCAGACGACCCCAGGAGAACCACGGCGACCCGGACUGGACAGAACCAGGACCGCCAGAACCAGAACCACCAGCACAGACUACAGUGAUUGGACCUGAUGGAGGCGACCCAGAGAACCAGAACCCCGGCACCCCAGUUGGACCAGGUGGUGCGGCGCAGGUCAGGGCUCCGGCCGUCGGCGCAACUCGCCCUGCAGAGCGACAGUCCUCUAAACUAAAGAAGAAGAAAGUGGGCCUGUUCCGAUGACAGACAGGAAGUGACUCGGUUGCAGCGUCUGAUUGGCUCAGAGAGUUUUAAGCUUCUGACGUUUGAUCAGAUUUUUCUAUUUUAUCUUUGUGUCAAUAAAGUUUACAUCGUCGGCG